AUGCGCUCGUCCCAGAAAAGAAAAAGGUCCCCAGAAAUCUCUCGGCGCCACCCAAUCACUCCCCGCACCUAUGGAUCCAGACCCGGCAAGGCACCUUAUGCAUCAAGCCGGGCUUUCAUCAACCUCGAGGGUUCAUUCCAGCCCCCAGGUCCUUCUAGGGGUCAACAAGUACAAUCUCCGUUCCCAGCAGCGUCCCAGGCCGAAUUUGAAGGCUCGCAGCUGUCCAAUGAGGACGAUCUCGGCCAUGUCAUCGCUGCCAUUGAUAUAAAGGAUUCUGGGACUGUGGGUUGUGCAUACUACUCAGCGGAGAAAGAGAGAAUGUACCUGUUGGCGGACAGCCGCUUGGGGGAACGAGAAACAAUUGAGGCUUUGAUACACCAGAUCAAACCUACCGUCAUUCUAGUUUCCUCUCGUGUCGAUCUGCCUGGUCUGCUGGAGCAAAACCAAACUGCUGCUCAAGAAACAGACACCUCCUCUUACCUCCCGUAUCAGCUCGAUGCGCGUCCCUCUCAAGAAUUCAGUGUUUCGAACGCCAAAGACAGAUUGGUCGCCCUCGAAGUUUCAUCGGCUCACGAGCAACGACUUCGUUUUCUUGUGCCCGAUAGCGGCAUCUCUGGUCCCGAAGAGAUGAAUCCCGAGGACAUGGGUUUUACAGUUCACGAGGGUAGGCUGCUGCAUAUAUCCAGUUCAGUUGAUAUGGAAAAUCCUAUAACACUUGGCUGCGUCGGGGCUGUCCUUGGCUACCUGCAGCGACGCAGGGCCACGGGUACAAGUAUAGACCCCAUCGGGCCAACGGACGAAUGUCCAUUUCAAGUUCGGUCUCUGGAAAUGUUUAGCUUGGAGAACACAAUGUGGAUUGGAAGCAACACCUUUCAAUCUCUCCAAAUCAUUCAACACGAGUCUCACCCGAACCUAUUCAAUCAGGGUCCAGGCACAAAGUCGUCUUCUAGCAAAGAGGGGCUGUCCAUUUAUGGUCUAUUUCAACGUUUUGCGCAUAGCCCUCAAGGGCGCUUCAAACUGAAACAGAUGUUCAUUCGACCAAGUUUGGAUCCCAAAGUCAUCUUACAGCGGCACGAUUUCAUCGGGGUAUUUUCAAGACCAAAUAAUCAAGCUUCUUUGGACAGGAUGACCAAGGCAAUGAAGCAUAUCAAGAAUCUUCGGCCUGUGAUGACCAAUCUUCACAAGGGGAUCAGCACUGGAAGCGCAAAAAUUACGGGGUUCAAGACAACGGUCUGGGCAUGUCUGCUAGCUUUUGCAUUCUAUUCGAUUGAUAUCCAGUCUUCUCUCAAAGAGGUAUCAGGUGCAGAAAAUCUACCUCUACAGGCACUCAAAAUAUUCGAGACGGCACAAUUAUACAAUGUGGGCCGAAUGAUUCAGGAAGUUGUCGACAUCGACAACUCAGAGGAACAAGGCAGAGCUGUCGUGAAACAAGGCCUUGACCGUAAUCUCGACAUGAUGAAGGAUCGGUACGAUGGUCUUGGCAGCCUCUUAAAAAAUGUCGCCCUCGAGAUUGCCGUGACGAUCCCCGAAGAUCUCUACAUCGAUGUGAACGUGAUCUACUUCCCGCAACUCGGCUUUAACAUUGCCAUUCCCCUCAAUGACAGGGAACAGCCCAUGUAUUUCGGAACUGAGGAUUGGGAACUUGUUUUCACCACGGAGAACAGAGCCUACUUCAAGGAUUUCCGAAUGAGGGAAUUAGAUGGGAAGCUUGGAGAUAUCUAUGGGCUCAUUUGUGAGAAGGAAAUUGAGAUCGUUUACGAACUUGCGCAGAAGGUCCUCCAGUAUGAGGAAAUGCUCGUGGAGGCAUCUGAUAUUUGUGGAGAGCUGGACAGUACUCUUGCACUCACACAAGCAGCUUUGUCCUACAAUCUCUGUCGACCCCGAAUAGUAUCAGAGAACGUCAUUAGAAUCAAGGGCGGCCGUCACUUGCUGCAAGAGUUGACCGUUUCCUCUUAUGUGCCAAAUGAUACCUUGAUUCUAGGUGGCGUUGUAGCUUCCGAUUCUGACAAAGACCGCUCUCAGGCAGAUCAAGCUCCAAGCAUGCUCUUGCUCACGGGUCCAAACUACUCUGGGAAAAGCGUCUACAUGAAGCAAGUUGCUUUGAUCGUUUACCUCGCUCAGAUUGGGAGCUUUGUUCCUGCAGAGAGUGCCGAGCUUGGCAUCACGGACAAGAUCUUGACCAAAAUCAACACGCAAGAAAGUGUAUCAAAGAUACAAAGUACUUUCAUGAGCGAUCUCCAGCAGAUUUCCCUUUGUCUCAAGCAAGUGUCAGGACGCAGCCUGAUACUUAUCGAUGAAUUCGGAAAGGGAACGAAUGAAAGUGAUGGCAUUGGGCUAGCCUGUGGCGUGCUUGAGUACUUGCUAAAUAUGGAGGAUGCUCCGAAGGUCAUCGCCGCCACGCACUUUCAUGAGAUCUUCGAGAACAGCUUUCUAGCACCACGUCCAAGACUUCAACUGGGACAUAUGGAAGUAAAAGUCUCCGAGGAGUCUCAAGAGGCGGAGGAUCAGGUGACGUAUUUGUACAACUUUCGCUCAGGCCGUAGCAGCAAGAGCUUCGGCACCAUAUGUGCUGCAAUCAACGGUAUUGAUGCGGCCAUCGUCGCCCGCGCGGAUGAGAUCGCGUCGUUGGCGGCUCGGGGCGAGAAUCUGAUCGCCGCAUGCGCCAUCUUGUCCACGGAAGAAUCCAAAUGCCUUCAACAUGCAGUAUGA